AUGGGACUCACGGAUUCCAGCUGGUAUUUUGACAUCGCUCGGCAGGAGUAUGAAUGGUUCUUCGCUCAGCGGGAUAUGCAUGACCAUGAGUGGCAGCAUUCGACCUGCAUAGUCGCACUUUCCCAGCUUGGUCGGCGUCUUUCCCCAAUCAAUCCAGUUGCUCUCCUCUUCCUUGUCAUCGUCGCCGCGCCCUCUCAUCUCACUCGUACCCUCCUUUCCCUCCGAUUGGGACAUCCAGACAACACAGGCCAAGUCACUCUUUUGAAUUUCCCUCUCUCUCCUUGCGGCCUGUUAAGUAAUCUUUCGUUGUCUGGAUCUGUUUCGGAAGAGUUGGAGAAGCUGGAGUUGCAAUCGUGUUGUGACCUUCACCUCGGCGAGAAAUACGCGGCCGCCUCACGGGCAGGGUCAACCGACGACAUAUUCUACAGCGAGCAUCGCAACCAUGCAAGCAUCUCGAUGAACGACAUCUGCGACACCAUGAUGGUCUCUUCGUAUGAAAAGCGACGGAGCUCAAAUCGUGCAAAGAGGAGGACAACAGCCAUAAACAAAUCAUUCUUGCUAGGGUUACUUGCGUCGUCAACCUCGGUCACACUCGCACAAAAUUGCAUCCCUCUCGCAGGUUCCACGACAUGCUCUGCGUUCAGUGCAUCCUCCAUCUCGACCAAUACCGAACUCAUUAGUCUAUAUCCGUUUCUCGCCUUCGUUUCGAACACUCAAGAAUUUGACAACCAACUGAGUCAAUAUGUCAUGAGUGGCUACGUUCAACAAAAAUACCAAAUCCUACUCGGUUGCGACAAUGUCGACCUUAGGAAUACAAGCUUAUUAUACGCCCGAUAUACCACCAGCGUAAUAUGUAAUGGGAUUGUCCAAAACUCUCGGCAACCUUGCGGAACACCUGUGGAUGAUGUCAGACCGCUCUGUGCCGAUGCUUGUGCAGAGCUGGCUAUCAGCGAAGAAAAAAUAACCAUGGACAGCCAACUUUGUGGCAAUCCAGCGGAUAACUAUGUCGAGCAGAUUCGAGCCGAUUUCACCAACUGCGCCCUUCCAGCAGAUUCAUUAAGUGGAGAUUGUGUGACUGGAGCUCGAAACGAACCGGAGAACUGUGGAUUUGGUCCGAGCCUUCGAGGUUUGUGUGACUAUUGCCGAGCAAGCUCUGAGAAUGCCACAGAUUCUUGCUGUAUUGGUUCAGACGCCCCUGGACGCUGUCAAGACGUUGUCUUGCCACAAUUUACCCUUAAUCCAAACUUGUUGCCCACUUCCACAGCUAGUGGGGCACCAAAUUCCUCCUCCACCAGCCCUCCAGCGGCGGCCGAGAGCAACGGCCUGUCUAGAGGUGCUAUCGCAGGUAUUGCCAUUGGCUCCGUGGUGGCCGCUGCGUUGCUGUUAUCUCUGCUUGCUGCAUGCUGUAUCUUCGCUAGAAGAAGACGGCGGGGUAAAAGCGUUUCUGAUAGUGUUUUUAAUCAACCAACUCCACAACGAUUCGGCGCGCAAAGCAUGCAACAAACGCGACCUGCCUCAUCUCAAAUUGGUUAUGAAGUUCUUCCCGGAGGUCGUGUGGCCCGAAUGUCGGCAUUGCAGGGGCCUUCUGCCGGAGACGCUGCACCGCAGGCGGGUAGCCGUCGAGGCUAUGACACAUCUGACUCUGAGGCUUACGAGAGCCCUGGAUCAAAUAACAAGAUGAAGGGACCUGUCACGGGUAAACGUGAUGGCUCCUUGUCCAGCAACUCAGCUUUCCCAGCCGGCCAAGACAGCUCACCAAACUCCGACAGCAAUGGUCAAUAUUCAUCUCCAGAAGGUGUCAAUAGCGGUCAAUCCGAGCAGCUUGCUUCCUUUAAGGAUUACUAUUCCUCAGAUGAGAUUCAUCCCAACGACAAAGUGUCCGUUCUGUGGGCCUAUCAACCUCGUGCUGGUGAUGAAUUCGAGCUCGAAAGAGGGGACAUGCUCAAGGUUGUGGGCAUUUGGGACGAUGGUUGGGCAACCGGUGUGCGUAUCGACGAGCGCGCAGAGGACUACGAUGGCAAGCACAAAGUACAGCGUGACAGUGGAGUAUCAAAUGGCUCCGCUGCCAGAGCCCAGUCGCCGCCGCCAACCGGCGAGAUCAAGGCAUUCCCCCUGGUCUGUGUGUGUCUGCCAGAAGCGUGGAGAAAAACAGUCGAAGGAGACGCUUCCACAGAAAGUGGUUCAGCGGCGCGUCCUGAAACGUGA